AUUUCCCUUUGGGUCAGCUGUGAACGGUUUUCAAUUUCUUGCGGUCUUUCCCCAGAAAUUACACAUUUUAAAGAAUGAUCGUGACAAUCUAUUGAUUAACUCGCAUGCAGUCUAUAUCAAUAACUUUUAUUUUGACGGUUUGCGUUAGGCCCUAGGCUGAUGUUUACUAUCCUGCUGCGGUGACUAGCAGCGACAGCUGAAAUGCUUGCUGAAAGUAGAGUCUUCUUUUGGACACGCUGCAGCUGAUCUGGCAACGGAAAGGGGGCACGUACCUUCAGUGGACAACAUUUGCGAUAAGUCAGCUGACACUUGAAGUACUGAGGAAGAGUAAACGCCAUUCAGAGAGCGCAAAAAGCCUGUCCCGUGGUAGUCUUGGUCCUUUACAUGACUCAUGAGAAAGUAAAGUUGUCUUGUUUAUAGAAUGGGCCCAAUAUGUUGUCUAGAAAAGAGCUUAUUCCUGACGACUACGUGCUCACACGUUUGGCAGAGGAUGUGCUACAGCCUAAAUGUACAGCCAAGACGAGAAAGGCUCGUUUCGUGGCCAAGAACGGGAGAUGCAAUGUGGCCCAUACGAACAUCAGGGAACAAGGGCGGUUUCUGCAGGAUGUGUUCACCACUCUAGUGGAUUUUAGAUGGAUUUAUACACUUAUAAUAUUCACGAUGUCUUAUCUAUGCAGUUGGUUGCUGUUCGGAAUGAUUUGGUGGCUCGUGGCUUUUGCGCAUGGGGACCUAGAUCAGCAAAGUCAGGAUUUCAUCCCGUGCGCCACAAGUGUCGAUUCCUUUGCUUCGGCAUUUUUGUUGUCAAUGGAGGUGCAACUGACUAUCGGUUUCGGGGGUCGCAUGGUCACGGAAGAGUGCCUCUCUGCCAUAAUUACACUUAUUGUUCAGAGCAUCGUGGGUUUGAUUAUUAAUGCCGUCAUGCUCGGGUGCAUCUUCAUGAAAACCGCUCAAGCCCGUCGCCGCGCGGAGACGCUUAUAUUCAGCAAGCAUGCGGUGAUUGCCCUGAGAAACAACAAGCUGUGCUUCAUGGUCAGACUUGGGGACCUCCGAAAAAGCAUGAUUAUCAGCGCCGCGGUCAGAAUGCAGGUGAUCAGAAAGACCUUCACUAACGAGGGAGAGAUGGUCCCCCUCGACCAAAUAGAUAUUCAGAUGGACAAUCCGAUCGGGACGAACGGCAUAUUUUUAGUGUCCCCUCUUAUUAUUUGCCACAUCAUUGACAAAAAUAGUCCCCUCUACGAUCUUUCAGAAUUCGACUUGCAACAUGAGGACAUAGAGGUCGUUGUCGUGCUGGAAGGUGUGGUUGAAACAACUGGCAUCACAACCCAAGCUCGGACAUCGUACCUGUCGGAGGAGAUAUUUUGGGGGCGAAGAUUUGUGCCAACAGUCUCGGAAGAUGACGGCAUGUACGCUGUGGAUUAUUCUAAAUUUGGGGGCACGGUUGACGUGCCAACUCCUAGCUGCAGUGCGAGGAAACUCGAUGAGAUGGGAAGCAUUGCUCAUUCUAAAGAAAGUCAACUACGGACUAGAGGGACCAUCAGGAAACGCAAACUGGUCUCGCCGCGUGAAAAAACAGCAUUGCCCAACCGACAUACUGGUAAUGUUAUUUGAGAACACUUUUGUUACGAUGUAAAUCCUGGAACCUGAACAUUUUUGUAGCAAGAUUUUUUGUUGUUGUUGCUUUUUAAUAUGAUAAAUAGCGUCCACGCGUUUAAACACAUGAUAUGCGACAUUACCGUUUAUAUUUAUAUAAUAAUUUGUGCAGUAGUAUACUGCAAAAAAUGUAACACUUGAAUUACCAUAUGGCUGAGGGGGGAAAAUCCUGCGCGUGAACUUUCGCUAUUCACACUGAAAUGCAUUCUGUACUGAAUGCAAUUAAAUGCAUGUGGCCAAUUGCCUGAAUUGUGUAACACAUCUGCUGUCGGUUCUUUGCAAAUGCAAGUU